UGGACACAAGGGAAGUUAUUUGUCUCUGUCUUGGCAAGGCUGGAAAGUUGAGCAAAGAACCUCUGCACUGGAGACCAUGGAUAACUAUGAUGUGAUAAAGGCCAUUGGGGAAGGCGCCUUUGGGAAAGCAUACUUGGCUAAAGAGAAAUCUGAUAGCAAGCUCUGUGUCAUAAAAGAGAUCAAUUUUGCGAAGAUGCCCAUCCAAGAAAAAGAAGCUUCGAAGAAAGAAGUCAUUCUUCUGGCAACGAUGAAACAUCCCAACAUUGUAACCUUCUUCAGUUCAUUUCAAGAGAACAGCAGGCUGUUUAUUGUAAUGGAAUACUGUGAUGGAGGGGAUCUCAUGAAAAGGAUCAAUAGACAACGGGGAGUGUUAUUUAGUGAAGAUCAGAUCCUGAGUUGGUUUGUACAGAUCUCUCUAGGACUAAAACAUAUUCACGACAGGAAGAUAUUACACAGGGACAUAAAAGCUCAGAACAUUUUUCUUAGCAAGAAUGGAAUUGUUGCAAAGCUUGGGGACUUUGGUAUAGCAAGAGUCCUGAAUAAUUCCAUGGAACUUGCUCGAACUUGUGUUGGAACACCUUACUACCUGUCCCCAGAGAUCUGUCAGAAUAAGCCCUACAACAAUAAAACGGAUAUUUGGUCUCUUGGUUGUGUCUUAUACGAGCUCUGCACACUUAAGCAUCCUUUUGAGGGUAACAGCUUACACCAGCUGGUUCUGAAGAUUUGUCAAGCACAUUUUGCCCCAAUAUCUCCAAGGUUUUCUCGUGACCUACGGUCCUUGAUACCUCAACUCUUUAAAGUAUCUCCUCGAGAUCGACCAUCUAUUAAUUCCAUUUUGAAAAGGCCCUUUUUAGAGAAUCUUAUUGCCAAAUACUUGGCUCCUGAGGUCAUUAAGGAAGAAUUCAAUCGCACACUUCUACACAGGGAAAGAGCGUCAGCAUCUCAACCUGCUGGGAAGGUGGUCCAGGAGUCUAAAAUACAGAAAGUGAGAUUCCAGGAAAAGUGCCCAUCAAUUAAAAGGAAGGAUAUAUCACAUAGAAAUGAAUGGAGACCACCAGCUGGAGCCCAGAAGCCCAUAUCUAUAAAAAUGAUAGAAAGGCCCAAACUUGCUGCCGUGUAUGAACAUUAUGAUUAUUAUUAUGCUCGACUUGACUUGUUGAGGAAGAGAGCCCAUGGACCAAGUUAUCACUCUGUUCCACAAAAAGAUACUGGAAUGGAAGAAAAUUAUAAUCAGGAAGAAAUGCUUGGCCCAUCCCCACGUCAAUGGCCUGCUGAGUACCUUCAGAGGAAAUUUGAAGCUCAACAAUAUAAGUUAAAAGUGGAAAAGCAAUUGGGUCUUCGUCCGUCUUCUGCUGAGCCAAAUCACAACCAGAGACAAGAGCUAAGAAGUAAUGGAGAAGAGUCUAGCUUCCAGGAGCUGCAGUUUAGGAAAAACAAAAUGAAGGAACAGGAAUACUGGAAGCAGUUAGAGGAAAUACGCCAACAGUACCACAAUGACAUGAAGGAAAUUAGAAAGAAGAUGGGGAGAGAACCAGAGGAGAACUCGAAAAUAAGUCACAGCACCUAUUUGGUGAGGAAGAGUGACCUGCCCGUCCACCAAGAUGCGUCUGAGGAUGCUCCCGUGCAGGUAGUGACGGCCGUUGUUAGACGUGUGUGCUGCCCAGACAUUGAAGGAGACUUGAAACAAAUGAGGCUUCAGAACAUAAAGGAAAGCAAAAUUCCAGAACAGAAAUGUAAAGCUAAGAGAGGGGUAAAGUUUGAAAUUAACUUAGACAACUGUAUUUCUAAUGAAAACACCCUCCAAGAGGAAGAGGCAAUGGAUAUACUAAAUGAAGCUUUGGCCUUCGAGGACCGCAUGAGGUUUAAGGAAUAUGAACGUGUAAAGGAACAUGAAGAUUAUACAGACAAAGCUUUUGAAAAACUCUGUUGCCCAGAAGCAGGGUUUUCCAUGCACGAUGCUGUUGCUGCAGAAAACAGGGGGCAGUGGGAUAGAGGAGCACCUCAGACUCUGCUGCGGAUGAUGGCAGUGGCCGACGUCACCUCCACCUGCUCCACCAUGCCUGAUGGUGAGUAUGUGGUCAACUAG